CAUCAUUCUCCUAUCAGCUACGCACAAUGCCCGCUUUACGAUUUUGGGAUUUGUGCGGAUACUGGCUCAGGAUCGGACUUUAUAGAGGUGCACUACCAUUCCUCUCCUCCACAUAAUGGGCCUGUGAACUACAACUACACUUAAGCUUUGAGAUGUUCCGUCACUUCCUCUCGCUCUUACACGACCGCUCCGUUACCUUGCUCCAAGCAUCGGCAAACCUUCUGGUUCUAUGUGUCUUUUCCCCGCAUGUAGUAUUUCUUCCCUUGCAACACCGUGUCCUCACAACACCACAGCCUCCCAGUGUCGUCAUCACCCUCGAGAGCUUCCAGGCAACUGUUUCAGCGCUUUUAUUUAUCUGGGACCUACACGUCCAGAUUGAGUCUUCCAACUUCCCUUCACCCUGAUUCGUUACUUGUUGGAAGAAAGCCCGUUCUCGAUUUACCAACUUUAUUAUAUUUGCCAAUUCGCGCCCUCGUCUGGAAGUCGGAUGCAGACCAUGACUUCCACAAAGUCAAAUACAUACGAGACAGUCAGCACCAGGUCACCCAUACAAGAACCACAGCAUGGAAUCAAGCAUCAAAUGACAACCCCUCCAAAACCUACCAGUCCCUCAGAUGGAAAAGACAAUGACGCCGACGAGGACGCACAUGCAUUCAUCCUUCAAGAGCUCAGUGAACUGAACCUUUUUCUUCCAAGCCCCAACUGGAGGCAAAAGGACGGCCAAUGGAUCCCCGUGCUCGAUCGUGCCGUACACUCGAAUCGAGAAAGAUUGAGGCUCAGGCUAGAAGGAGAUGGGUGGGAUUUUGUUGCUGGCAAAUAUGCUGAAGAAGAGGACAGUGGAAGUGCAAGUAAGGAGAGUAUGGACGAGGAGCUCGACAUUGUGCUCAUUAUGCAUGCACCAGAAGCUGGCAGAAAUUGAAAGACAACCAAUGCCAUAUCAUCCGAUCGUCUAUGGAGGUACUCCUGAUUGUUCAGAAGUUACACUUCUGGGUCGUGUCAAGGCAUGCUUUCGCAGCCGUACAAAAAAUAUGGUAUACGGAAAGAAAAAAGAUUUUCAACUACUCGAUUCUCGUCUUGCCCUCCUCGAGGUAGCCCAAUCUUGCGUCGCUCUUCCCCCGUUCGUGUCUCGUGGUAACGAGCGGUCCAACGACGGGAUUGUGUUGUACAUGUGACAAAGCGUCUUGAUAGGAUUCUAUUGCC